GAGUCAGACGGAUCCGCCGGGAACACGCCAGCCACAGGGUCGCUCGGGUCCGGGAAUCGAACCCGCUUCACGGACGUACACUCUUGGACGCCUGAAUGGAAGCGGACGGCUUCGUGUCCCGGCGAACGUCCGUGGAAGCACCGGGCGUCGACAGCCGCGUCGCGGGCGCCGCAGCCGGGGCAGAGAUCCGAUGGCUGGGUGGGCGGCUCCGGGACGCCACCGGGGGGUUUGUCGGCUCUCUUUCACCGAGGAUGCCCGGGGAACAGGACUUUGCCCCCGUGUUGCAUCGAGCACCGCCGGCGGACAGCCCGACCUCUGCGGAGCCGGACAUGGACUAUGAAGGGCUUCCUCCGGGGGAAGCCACCAGCACUCACAUGCUGGCAGGAGCCGUGGCUGGGAUCAUGGAGCACUGCCUCAUGUACCCCAUCGACUGUGUCAAGACUCGUAUGCAGAGCCUGCACCCGGAGCCCGGGGCGCGCUACAGGAACGUGAUGGACGCCCUGCGGCAGAUCGUGAGGACUGAGGGAGUUUGGCGGCCAAUCAGGGGCGUGAACGUGCUGGCGGUCGGCGCAGGCCCCGCCCACGCUCUCUACUUCGCCUGCUACGAGAAGAUCAAGUUCUCACUCAGUGGCGCCAUCCACCCCGGAGCUAACAGCCACUUUGCUAACGGAGUUGCCGGCUGCAUGGCCACGGUGCUGCACGACGCCCUGAUGAACCCGGCUGAAGUUGUGAAACAGCGAAUGCAGAUGUUCAACUCUCCUUACCGCAGUGUGUUGGACUGCAUGGGCUCGUUGCUGCGGCGCGAGGGCCCGGCCGCCUUCUACCGCAGCUACACCACCCAGCUGACCAUGAACGUGCCCUUCCAGGCGCUGCACUUCAUGACCUACGAAUACCUCCAGGAGCUGCUCAACCCCCACAGACAGUACAACCCCUCCUCCCACGUGGUGUCUGGCGCGCUGGCCGGAGCUCUGGCUGCCGCCGUCACUACUCCCCUGGACGUGUGCAAGACCCUCCUCAACACACAGGAGGCGCAGGCCAUCCACGUGAUCCGGGCCACGGCAGCCGGAGCGGUCGGAGCUGCCGCCGCCUCCGCCCCGGUCAGCCGGCACAUCUCUGGUCUGGGCGAGGCCUUUCGGACAGUGUACAGGAUGGGAGGCGUGCCGGCGUUCUUCAAGGGCGUCCAGGCCCGGAUCAUCUACCAGAUGCCCUCCACGGCCAUCAGCUGGUCAGUGUACGAGUUCUUCAAAUACAUCAUCACCAAGCGGCAGCACGAGAGGCGGCUGCGCGGAGACCGGGACGGAGACAAGUAAAGACGUCUCCUCCACCAAGUGCUGAAGACAACAAACAUGAAUUUUAGAUUAUUUGAGAAAAUCUUCAACUUUUGAAUUGUUUACUGAGAUCAGCUGAGUGCAGUCCUGUCUCGUUCCAAGCAGCUGAGGUCUAAAGUCAAUGUGGGGUUUAACAAAAUGUCUGUUGAUAACCAUCCACAAGGAGAAGGCUUUGGAACAGCAGACAGGAAGUGGUUCCGUGAACCCCCCCCCCCCCUGUUAACAUCACAUUCAUGUGCUUUCACAAAGCAAAGAAUUCAUGAAGGGUAACCGUCAAAGUAAAGUUCAACUUGUCCCUUUGAACAAAGAGAUAUUUAGUCCUUACUUCCUGUUGACCACCUACAAUGCAGUUCUGUGUUAUAUUGGGUUUUGUGUCUGGAUCCUGUUCUGAAGCAGAUUUAAAAAAUCUGGAGGUAAAAGUUCGGAUUCAGCUUUAAAGUUUAAUUUGAUGCUGUUUGUUCACUUCAGAUGAACGGGGCUUAAAUUGCAGACUGUUGAGGACAGAACCAUAAUGUGUCCCUGUCCAAAUAUUUCAGAACUGCACUGUAAAGAGGGGUCACCAGUAAGUACUCAAACCAUGUUACCUUCUGCCCACAGGGGGGGGGGGGCACAGCUCAGCCUCGAUGGAAAAACUUAAAAAAUGUUUAAGACGAUUAGUUUUGAAGGAAAUGAAAAGUUUUUCUUUCCUCUGGAACAAACCCAAAUUAAAAGUUAACUCAUAAUAAUCUAUAUUUUCCUCAGGUCUCGUCUGACCUCGGCAGGAUUCAAUAACUUUAUUUAUCAUGAACCUUCUCAUGCAGAAGGAAACAUUCUAAGUCAAACGCAACAAAUAAAGACCGACGCUACACAAGUGCUUUGAAAUUCACGCACAUCUGCGUGAAGGUCACGUUUACAUUACAGAAGAGAUUUGAUUUCUUUAUUCAGACCUUGUCACAUAUUCAGUGCUGCAAAAUUAUGCAAUAUCGUUAGAAAUGGGUCCUCGGUAAACAACAUGUCAACAAACUGGGAUUGUUAGUAUUAAAAUGUAGAACUGGUAAAUAGUGUGACGACCUAAAGAUCAUUUAAUUUGCACAUGUAGAUUUUUAAAAACAAGAUUUGAACGUCAUUUUCAUUGCACAGCAUCUAAGCACUUAAUAACUUAAUAACUCAAUAAUGUCGUCAUUGUCAGAACAAGAAAACCACUAACACCAGUAUGGAGAAUAAAGAAUCUACUUCUACACACGCCUUCUUUCAGCCGCCGCACAUCCAGCGCACAACUGCUACAAGAAAAUCCUCAUAUAGAAAUAAUAAUGUGUUUUUGAAGCCAUAAAUCAGGAUGAAAUGUACCUAAUAUAUAUAAAAGUAUAAAUAUGGGUAAAUAGUGAUGACCCCAAAAACUCUAACCAGCUAAGUUUUCAGAUUUAACUUGUGUAAAUUAUUCAAAAUAUGAAGCUACAAGUUUUUUCAAGACUACUAGAGGGGGAGGGGUUUAAAAGAUCCAGUGAUAGAGUAUUUUAAAACGAUUGUAGGGAGAGUGUUCCUCGUGUGAAGCCAGGAUUCAACAUCGGGAAACCAAAGACUGAGGGGGAGAGGGGGAGCGGGAGAGGAACCGGGGGUUUGUCGGGCGUCAACGCUAAUGUGAAAAGCUUGAACACUGUGUGAAAGCGACUCUUGUAUUUUGUGAAUUGUAAAUAAACUCGCUAAGGCAGCUCCUCGCAGAAGCAGGGUCUUCUCUUGGUGCUGGCUCUCCAAGCGCUGAGAGGAUUUCAA